CCUGCGCUGAUCUUCCGCGUGGCGCGGAGCGAGGCCAGGCGGCCCCUGCUCGAGUCCUGCGUCGCCAUGGCGGCGGCUCCCGAGUUGCUGCAGCAGCAGGAGGAGGACCGCAGCAAGCUGAGAUCUGUGUCUGUGGACCUGAAUGUUGGUCCUUCACUUCAGAUUGACAUACCUGAUGCAUUCAGUGAAAGAGACAAGGUCAAAUUUACCGUGCACACCAAGACCACACUGCCUACGUUUCAGAGCCCAGAGUCUUCUGUUACAAGACAACAUGUAUGGCUGCAUGACACUCUUAUUGAAACAACAGAUUAUGCUGGCCUUAUUAUCCCUCCUGCUCCUACCAAGCCAGACUUUGAUGGCCCACGAGAGAAGAUGCAGAAACUGGGAGAAGGGGAGGGCUCCAUGACCAAAGAAGAGGUUGCCAAGAUGAAGCAAGAACUGGAAGCUGAGUAUCUUGCUGUCGUUAAGAAGACUGUGUCCUCCCAUGAAGUCUUUCUUCAGGGGCUGUCUUCUCAUCCUGUUCUCAGUAAAGAUCGUAACUUUCAUGUUUUCCUGGAAUAUGAUCAGGAUCUAAGUGUUAGGCGGAAAAAUACCAAAGAGAUGUUUGGUGGCUUUUUUAAAAGUGUGGUGAGUGCUGAUGAAGUCCUUUUUUCAGGAGUUAAGGAAGUGGGUGACUUCUUUGAACAGGAGAAGAACUUCCUUAUUAACUAUUACAAUAGGAUCAAGGAUUCUUGUGCUAAAGCUGACAAAAUGACCAGAUCUCACAAAAAUGUUGCUGAUGACUACAUUCACACUGCAGCCUGCUUGCAUAGCCUGGCCUUGGAAGAACCCACAGUCAUUAAAAAGUACUUAUUGAAGGUUGCAGAGCUAUUUGAAAAACUUAGGAAAGUAGAAGGUCGAGUCUCAUCAGAUGAAGAUUUAAAGCUGACAGAGCUGCUCCGGUACUAUAUGCUCAACAUCGAGGCUGCAAAGGAUCUCUUAUAUAGGCGCACCAAAGCCCUCAUUGACUAUGAGAAUUCAAACAAAGCUUUGGACAAGGCCCGGUUGAAGAGCAAAGAUGUCAAACUGGCUGAGGCACACCAACAAGAAUGCUGCCAGAAAUUUGAAGAGCUUUCUGAAUCUGCAAAAGAAGAGCUGGUGAAUUUCAAACGUAAGAGAGUGGCAGCAUUUAGAAAGAAUCUAAUUGAAAUGUCUGAACUGGAAAUAAAGCACGCCAGAAACAAUGUCUCCCUUUUGCAGAGCUGCAUUGAUUUGUUCAAGAACAACUGAUUGACCUUCACUCUGCAGGAAAUGAAGGUGAAAUUGGCGUCACUUGCACUUAAAUUACCACAAAAGAAAAAUAAUUUUUACUUUAGUUUAAAAUCAUGUGAAUAAAUAUUUUGAUUUCUAAAAUCUUAACUCUUAACCAUGUUGGUUUAAAAAAUAUUUUCAUUGCAUGCUACUUG